CGCCCCAGCUCCCACCCCCCGGGCUCUAGUCCCGCACCCCAGCCCUGCCAGCCGCCCAGGCGGGACUCCCCGCGCUCCGGGCCUCCCCGGGUUUUCACGCCCUCGGGUUUAGCCGGACGCUCACCCGCUGCGGGGAAGCCGCGGCGUGGGGCAAGGGGUGGUGCCGCGGGCGUUGCUGUUAGACACGGCUCCCUGCACCUGCCCAGCGGCGGGGGAGCAGCAAAAGGGGUCAAAUGUAGUUAAAAGAAGCACGGGCUAGCAAACGCUAACAGCAGAAAGACCCGAAAUCGUGGAAGGGAUCAAGAAGCCCUUGGAACGCGCAAAGCAACUGAAUAAUCGGGUUGAAAAUCGUGCCUUGCCAAGCACGUGUCCUCCAUCAGACACCUUUCCCGGGCCAAUCGGACCCAGAGAAAGUACAAUCCCAGAGUAAAAACGAUUUCCAUCUAUGAUGACGACAGAUUGUACAGGAGAGCAGACGUGGUUACAAAUGCAGCACAAACUAAGCUUGAGGAAACCAUUAGAGGGUUCAGAGCAACAAGAGGAACUGAAGUAUGACUUCAAUAUAAAAGGGGAACUGAGGCAUCUGGAUACAAAUGAGUCUUUUGUUUUCAAUUAUUACAAGAAUGCGCAUGAGCAGAAUCAUAAACGCUAUCAAGUUUUGGGGCAUUUGAUUACCCAAUAUGUCUAUGAGCUCCUGGAAAGAGUCUGCAUGUUGCAGAAAGUUUAUAUUCCUACUGAUGCUACAGAGGAUGAACAAAGAAGUUUCUUUUUCAUGAGUGAGAAUGCACUAACAAGUUCCUCUAGCCUAAUUGUCCUUCUUCAAGACUAUGGAGUUUUCCGUGCUGGACAGUGGGGGCGAAAGACAAUUGUCAGUGAUGGCCUGGAGCAUGGAACACAAAUACCAUUCAUCAAAAUGGCCCUUCAAAGCCACAGGGGAGUGAUUGUACUGAACCCAAAUGACAACUGUGUUGAUCUGAAGACUGAAAAUAAGAGGAUAAGCUUUACUACCAAGGAAGAAUCACUGACUUCUAUGCAGUCCACCUGGUGGAUCCCCAAGCAGGGCAGCAGCAGCCCUGAGGAACAUACCAUGUAUGUAUGGGAUCAUUUCAUUUUGAAGAGUGCAGCCAAGAAUGUGGCCUUCAUUGCCCAUGGCUAUGGUGGCUUGGUGUUUGUUGACCUGCUGGUGCAGAGAAAAUGGGAGGUAAUGAAUAAAGUGUACGCUGUGGCGUUCAUCGACUCCGUGCACAACACACAGCACCAGGCUGGAAACGAUCCACAAAUACAAGAAUGGAUACAGAAACACUGCCGUGAAUGGGUGUCAAACAGUAAGCCUCUAGAUAAAGCUGUAGUUUCUCCCAUGAAAAUGAAUUGUCCUACUGUCUCUGCUGGAACGGAAAAAUAUGGUUUAGCACCUUCUUGCUGCUUACAUGCUGUUUUUAAAUACCUGAAGAGCGCACUGAAAGCCAAGACCAGAACAGCCUUUAGGCAUUCACCUGUUGCAACCAGAAGCAGCACAAGUAAGAAGAGAGGCAACAAAUAAAGGUAUACUGAUUUGUUCUCCACAGUGGCUCUUCCUUUCAUAAGGAAUGUGCCUCCGCACAUUUCAGUCAUCUAAGGACCUUACUCUCACUGUGGAGCAACUUACAAUUCUAAGUUUGAAGCUAGUUUGUUUGUUUUUGAGAAAGAGACAAAUACAAGUUAGCUAUCAAGAAAUCCUUGAAAGCCUUAAGCCAUAAACCUUCAGCUGUCUAUGAAAUGUAAUGUUGCACAAAAUAAAGAUGUUCACGUAUACCAAA